AUGAUUUUGUGGUUCUGGAUUGGAUUGGUGAACGCAUUGGACAAUAAAUUGUACUCGGGAUCGUCCGCUGAUAACGAUUCGAUUGCACCGGCGGCUCGGAAUGUGAUCCGCAUCGGUCACAUCGGCGCCGUGAACGCUUUGCCCAAUUACGAGAAAGUGCUUCAACUCUCUCGAAAAGAGCUUCUCGCCGACGGGACUUUUGGCGAUGAUUUCGAUGUCGAGUUGAAUUAUCUCCAAAAUGGUUGCGGUGAUGCAUUUGAGGGAGUCGCUGCGGCAGCGGACAUGUACCACGUGGAUCGAGUCUCCGCGUUCCUUGGACCCUAUUGUAACUCGGAAAUGAUUCCCGUCGCAACGAUGGCCGCCUAUUGGAACAAGCCGAUCAUCGCCUACAUGGCCACGUCGAAUGCACUUGCUGAUAAAACGAUCUAUAAAACUUUAGCUAGAGUCUCCAUUCGUACAAUCAACUCUCAAGCAGAGGCCACUGGAGCAUUCAUUCGUCACUACAAAUGGACUAAGGUGUCUUUCGUUUCAAACGCCGGUGCCGCCGCCUAUGAGAAGAUCAUCGCUUUUGAGAAAAUUUUCCGUCGAGUUGGGGUGAAUGUCGUGAAAAAGAUC